UUUUUUUUUUAAAUUGAUGAAUAACCGAAGUUUAUUAUCGUGAACUAGAUCUGAUGCGUUAGUCACCUUUGUUUUAAAUUAAAAAAAAUUUAAAAUUGUUGCGAAAAUUUUGGUUGAUAAAUUUGUGAACAUUUCAAAACAUAAAAAAUUUAUACUGGAUUCGACUGACAAUUACCAAUUACAGAUAUUAUAAAUCUCGAUGGUUACAACGAAGAAAUCUUGAAAAAAUCCCAGAUAAACAUCUUCCCUCAAACAAUUAACUGAUCUGACAUUUGACGCUCGCACGAAAACCAAAUUGAUUUGAAUAUUUAAAACGCGUCAGUGGAGUUUGGUGAAUAACAACAACGACAGAAUCUAAAUCCUGGAAAAUCCGCUCAAUCGCGAAUCAUCCUCUACCAGAAAGAAUGGACAUGCAUACAUUCAAAGUAAUCAUGGUAGUGAACGUCGUCAUCAUUUCUUACUGCGUGAGUGCAAUGAUCUACCCGCAGCCAUACCCAAUCUACAUAAUGUUCGAGGCAUCACUGGUGGCCUUCAUCAUUGCUUUCCUACCACACAACCGUCUCUACCUAAUCUAUUUCGUCACUGUCGUAAUACUUUUGAUCAUUUUCGCAACGGCAUUCAUCUCCUCCGUUAUCAUCUUGAUCCGCUAUAAGAUUUUCCUUGAAACGGAUGAACUCCCAAAGUUUAGCUUCAUCUUCGGAAUGCAGCUUAAGGUUGUGAUUGGCGCACUAUCAUACCUGAUGGGUUUCUGCGAAGAGAAUAGCACGUGGGAUAAUUGCAAUCAUAUUUGAUGUUUCUUUUUUUUCAUUAUGGUUGUGUGGGUUGGUCGCGUGUGUACCUGGUACUGGAGCGUUUUGGGUGAGUCCGACGGGACAUUUAUUACGCAAGUACCAUGUGUGGAUCUUUUAUAACAUAUGCAACAUUUGUGCGUGUGCGUCUGUGCUUGUUCGUGUAUUCUUUUAUUUAUUUGUCUGUUCUUUUCAUCGUUUGGUUGAUUGUUUGAUUGAUUGUUUGUUUAAUCUUAUGUAUAUUUGCCUAACUAAAGAUAUUUAAAUAUAUAUAUAUAUUCUAAUCAUCAUUUAUGUAUAACAUUACAUGCUCAAAACGAUUCAACAUUUAUUUAUUAUGAACGUUUUAAUUUAAAUUUGCUCAGUGUUUGUUUGCUAUAAAGU